UCAAUGCCCUUGAUGAAUUCAUACACCAUGCCCAUGAUGCCCACUUAGCAGCUGCUCUGAUGGCGCACAUGGGGCUAGAGUCACUGUCAGAUACGUAUCAGGGGGAGGACAGCGUAGACGACAUCUGCAACACAUUUCUGCAGAAAUACAUCUUCGGGGUCAGACACCGAGACAAAGCUGAUGAUUCCCUCUACAACUUGUGCACAUCACUGCUGUACCACCUCCUACUAUACGUUGACCUUAGGCAGGCAAUCAGGUAUGACAACGGCCCUGCAAUUGUCGCGCAUUGGAGCUUCUGGCUCGCCACGCUUCUGGGAACUGGCAGAACUCAGUAUAGCACUGAGGCCGCCAACUUUAUCUGCAACAUGAAGGCGGACUGGUCGGAAGCAAUUUCCAACCUGGCCACACACAACAGGACCAUCAACACACAUGGCAGAGAGGGACACAGCAAACCAAUCGAUAUGUUGGUGGAACACUACAACAAGAUCCUGAAGGGUGUGUACAGGGCGUCUGGUGGACAUUUGACUGUGGAGCAUGCCAAGGAUGCAUCCCUAGCUGUCCAGAUGUUUGAUGAAGCUAGGAAAUUCUGCUCCAAGCUCUUCAACACAAGGCAGACUGUUCGCCACAGUGUACCAUCUGCAGACCGGGACAUCAAACUGAUGACAGAUGCUGUUGUUGAUGAGAAGACGUACAACAUCACCCCAGGUAGGAGAUUGUUAGGGAACAAGACAUUUGAAAACCCAGUCACCAAAGGCAUGGCCAAGAUUACAGAGGCCAAGUGGCUGGAAAGUUUCCUUCAGAAAGAAGACGGCCGACUGCCACAGACCCCCGAUGCCACAGAUGCCAACAUGGAAGGUGGGAACAACAUGGUGGAGGAAGAAGACGCGUCUGAUGACAACAGUGACGACAACGCGGACAGCGACGAAAGCGAUGACGAUGAUACCAACACUGACCUACUUAUGGAUGAGUAA